AUGUCGUUGGCGUGCACUCGGGCACCGAAAGAAAAAUCGAGGAGUUAUUUUUGUGGAUUUUACGCAGUAUUACGGUCGUCGAGACUCUUUGCUCAUUUAGAACAGAGACACAGACAGGGUGAAAUAGAUAAUUGCUGGCUUCUAGGUGAUUCUGCAUACCCCCUUCUACCUUUUCUAUUGACGCCAAAAUUAAAUGAAGAAGAAGGAACUCCAGGUGCAAGAUACACAGAUCAUCAUGUUCGGACUCGUGUGGCUAUAGAGCGUUGUUUCGGCAUUUUAAAAGGUUGCUGGCGUUGUUUACGGAAGGAACGAGCCUUACAUUAUCGUCCACAAUUCGCAGCUCUUAUUGUCAAUGCUUGUUGCGUUCUGCAUAAUAUGGCGAUCAAAUGGGGGAUUCCUUGUGAUGAAAUACAUCUGGAUGAAUUAGAUAUAGCACCACCGAUACCAUAUCAUGAUAUUAACGAAGAACGUGGAGAACAAACCCGAAAUCGUGUGAUCCAAUGGUAUUUCACAAAUUGACUC